UGAUUGUUAAAAACAAAAACUGAAAAUGAACCUCGAGGGACAAGAAAAUCAGGGGACCGGACUGAGAGACGUCUAUGACAUACUAGUCAAGGCGCCUCCGGAGCGACUGCUAAGCCUGACAAUACAGCUGGGUGAGUCUCCUGAAGAUAAUAUCAUACAUGCCUUGUGUCUGAUUGUUCUUCGGCGAGAGGAGCAGGCCCUGAACAAACUCCAGAUGCUGACGGACAACCACCUCGCUAACCAUCUGGUUGAAAUGUGGAAAAUGAGUGGAGGUAAAUUAGAAGAUUUUGCAGUUCACUGCAACUCUCAGCAGUUCACAGGAGAAUCUCUUGCAGCUUUAGCUCGCAUUUUUAAAGUUUUGUCAGAACAAAGGCUGUGCGAUCAACUUUUAAGAAAUCUGGCAUACAAGAGAGCUCUUUCCACCAACAGCCAAAAAACAAGCAACUGUGAGGAUCGGGAAUAUGAUCAAUUCAUAGACGAAGCUAAAGUUGUCUGUGGGCCCCAGUUUGCAGAAUGGAUGUGUUCUUUCAGGGACCUCAAGUUGGGGUCUUCCCAUGAUCCUCAUAGCAGCCCGGAUGAAGGAAAUACAACUUUAAAAGUGGUUCUGUCUCCGGAUCAGUCAAAAAGUGGUCUGCCCAGCCCGCUGCAGGCGAGCUCCUCACUACCAUCAUAUCCUACUCAUCUGGAGAUAAGCAUUCCUCCAACAGCCACAUUUCAAGAGGACAAAAUAACUCCAGAAACACCAGGAAGCCAACAAAGCAUUGUCGUUGUUAAUGAAGUGAAAAAUGCUCCUGAGGAAUCUAAGAUUAAAUCCAAUGAGCCUCCUCUGUUUAAAGACACAAAGAUGGAUGCAGCGUUUGCAGCGGUGUGCAACCAGAAAGAGAGUCCAAACCAAACCACUGAACCAAAAUUUUCACUACCUACUGCAACAAGCAUUUCUCCACCCAAGAUGACUUUACCAAACAAGAUGUAUGAAAGUAAAGGUGCCGAAGAGGAGGAGGAGGAGGAAGUAUUUUACGCAUUUGUUAUCCUGCAUGCACAGGAAGAUGCAGAAGUAGCUGAAAAGAUAAAAGAAAAACUGGAAACUAUCAUUGGUAGGGAAGGUGCUACUUUCUCUGAGGACUUUGCCAUCCCUGGAAAGAGCACUUUGAGGUGUAUAGGGGAUGCUAUCAACAACUCAGCUUUUACCCUUCUGCUGCUCACCAGUAACUUCAACACUCGUUUGCUGGAGAUGAAGACAGACUCUGCCCUCAUCAACUCCAUAAACUACAAACACAAGUACAACACUGUUAUCCCUCUGCUGCCAAUGGAGAACCGUAUGCCCAAACAAAGCAUACCCAUAGUUCUGCAGACUUUAGUUCCACUCGAUGAGAAAAAGAGCUUUGACAAAAAAACACAAAAGACAUUGUCUAAAGCAAAAAUUGAUAAACAGAAGAGAAUUUGGAUGGAUGAGCAGAGAGUGAAAAUCCAGAUAGAGAGACAGGAGGCACUUAAGCGUUCAAACCAGAGUCAAAAGCAGUUUAUCCAAGAGUGUAAAGCAGCACAGUUGCUAGAGCAGGAGACACUGAGCCUUUUAAUGGCACGAGACUGCAAUUUUGUCAGCCCAUCAGCACGGCAACAACACCCAAGCAUUCAAAUUACAAAUGCUAAGUACAUUAUGAUUGGCAAUGACUCUCAAAUGACUGUGGAUUAUGGUGGAGGUGCAGAAAAAGAUGAUGCAAUUCAGAGUGAUGAGGAGCAAUAAAUGCAAAGAUGGAAAUAAAAAAUUUGAUUUUCUGGGGUGAGUUUAUGUAAAAAAAAAAAAAAAAGAGAGAAAUAAUCAUGUUUCCCGAACACUAAAAUGUCAGAGCCACAGUGGGGUUUUCAUUGCAGAUUGUUUCAUUGUAUUUAAACUUGUUAAUGGAAGAGAAUUCAAUAAAACUCUUAAAGUAAAAGA